ACCACUCCCACCCGCCCACGCAUUCCAAUUCCAAAUUCCAAAUUCCAGCUCUCUGCUAGAGGAGGGAGGGGGGGGAGCCAACAAGGCCGGCGACCAGAGCCACGCCAAAGCGCGGGGAAGCAUCCAAGCGCAGGCGAUCCCGUCGAAGCGUCGGCGUCCUCCGCCACCUCCUUGUUCCCUUCGUCCCUGCUGUCACAGCCGCCGCCGCGCGCUCGCCUUUAUAUACAGAGAACCCGCGUGCCGGGGCUCGCUGCCUGCCUGCCUGCAAGAAAAGCGCCGAGGCGGAGGUCGCCAGAGAAGACCGGCCGCCGGCGAUGGAGUGGCUGGAUGAGUACGAGAAGCUGGUGAUCCGGAUGAACAUGCCCCGGGUCGUCAUCGACAAUGCCAUCUGUCCCACGGCCACGCUGGUGCAGGUGGACAGCGCCAGGAAGAGAGGGUUGCUGCUGGAGGCCGUGCAGGUGCUCGCUGACCUCGACCUCUCCAUCAACAAGGCCUACAUCUCCUCCGACGGCCGCUGGUUCAUGGAUGUCUUCCACGUCACCGACCGCCUCGGCCGCAAGCUCACCGACGACAGCGUCAUCACCUACAUCCAGCAGUCUCUGGGGACGUGGAACGAGCCUGCCCGGCCGGCGGCGCUCGAGGGUCUGACGGCGCUGGAACUCACGGGACCCGACCGCACGGGGCUGCUCUCCGAGGUCUUCGCCGUGCUGGCCGACAUGCAGUGCAGCGUGGUGGACGCCCGUGCGUGGACGCACCGCGGCCGCCUCGCGUGCGUCGUCUUCCUCCGCGGGGAGGAGUUGGCCUCGGGCGCGAGCGCGGACGACGACGACAGGGUGGCGCGCAUCCUCGCUCGCCUCGGCCACCUCCUCCGCGGCGACGGCGAGGCCCCGGGCGCCGUGGCUGCCGUGCCCGCCGCGGGCGUCGCGCACGCCGACCGCUGCCUCCACCAGCUCAUGGCCGCGGACCUCGACCGCGCGCCGUCGUUCCCGGCCCCAGCACUGUCCCCAGCCGUGUCCGUACAGAGCUGGGCCGAGCGCGGGUACUCCGUCGUCACCGUACUGUGCCGCGACCGGCCCAAGCUGCUGUUCGACGUGGUCUGCACGCUCCACGACAUGGACUACGUCGUCUUCCACGGCACCGUCGAUACCGCUGGUGACCGAGCGCGCCAGGAGUUCUACAUCCGCCGCGCCGACGGGAGCCCCAUCCGGUCCGAGGCCGAGAGGGAGCGGCUCAACCAAUGCCUCCAAGCCGCCAUUGAACGGAGAUCGCUGGAGGGCGUGAGACUGGAGCUGUGCACGCCGGACCGGCCGGGAUUGCUGUCGGAGGUGACGCGGACCUUCCGCGAGAACGGGCUGCUCGUCGUCCAGGCGGAGGUGUCGACGAAGGGCGAUCUGGCCUCGAACGUGUUCUACGUAACCGACGCUGCCGGCAAGGCGGCGGACCAGAGCGCCAUCGACGCCGUCAGGGAGAGGGUCGGCAUGGACCGCCUCGUCGUGAGCGAGGAGCCCCGGCCGCCGCAAGUGUUCUCGAAGGACGGGCCAGGCGACCGUGACGACAGCGUCGGCGGCGGCCUUGGUCUGGUCUACCUUGGCAACCUGGUGAAGAGGAACCUGUACAACCUCGGCCUCAUCAAGUCCUGCUCGUGAGGAAGGAUGCUUCGAUCCAAGAAGGUUCGACCCCGGUGCGCAUGGAGGGGAGACAGGCCAUUGCUGUACUGUACAUGUACAAGGUUCAGAAACUGGCACCGACGACGCCAUGAAUGAACAGUGAAAGCUCAAGCAUGGUGAAGUUUGGGUCAGGCAGGCAUGAUGUUGGGAGUGAGGAAGGUCGUCGUCGGUCAUCAGAUCAGAUCCAGGAACCGGCACCCGGCACCGACGCCAUGGAUGGACGGACACUGGACGGUGGAGCAGGAUGAUUAGGAGUAGGAAUUUGUGUAGCCAUGUACAUAGACAAAAUUCGUUGCUGUCAGUACUAGUGAGUGCAUUCAUCGUGCCUGCCUUUGGGUUUGGGCGGCUUGCAGUGUGUAGGGCUAGUAGUAGGAAGGGGAGGACGAUUCGUGAUCUGUAAUUCCGUACCGGCGCCGCUGUUCUGUCUCUCUGUCAAAACAGCAUUCUUUGGGUUCGUUCGUUCGUUUCGUUCGUUAACCAUGCUCUUUCAGUCUUUCUUGUC